AACCCUCGACCCCUCAAAGCCUAAAAAAAAGCAUAACCCUCAAAGAGAGAAGAAAUUCCCCGAAAUGGCGGCGUCCGGCGAGGGAGCGUCGCUGCCGUCUCCGGCAGGUGGCGAGGACAGCCGCCGCCGUCGUGUGAGCUACUUCUACGAGCCCACGAUCGGCGACUACUACUACGGGCAGGGCCACCCGAUGAAGCCCCACCGCAUCCGCAUGGCGCACUCGCUAGUUAUCCACUAUGGUCUGCACCGCCUGCUCGAGCUCUCACGCCCCUUCCCUGCCUCGGAAGCCGACAUCAGCCGCUUCCACUCCGACGAAUAUGUCUCCUUCCUUGCCUCCGCGACCGGCAACCCGACCAUCCUCGACCCCCGCGCCGUCAAGCGCUUCAACGUCGGGGAGGACUGCCCCGUCUUUGACGGACUCUUCCCCUUCUGCCAGGCCUCCGCCGGUGGCAGCAUCGGCGCCGCCGUCAAGCUCAACCGUGGCGACGCCGACAUCACCGUGAACUGGGCCGGCGGGCUCCACCACGCCAAGAAGGGCGAGGCCUCUGGGUUCUGCUAUGUCAAUGACAUCGUCCUCGCCAUUCUUGAGCUUCUCAAGUUCCACAGGGUACUUUUUUUUCUUACUAUUCUUCGUGAGGGGGUAUUCGUACUUUUAGCCUUGUUCGCCUUCACACCUGAUUUGUUUGGAUGGAUAAGCUCAUAGGUUGUGUAACUGGUU